UUGACUUUCAGAGAAGUCACAGAAGCUUUCACGGGAGUUCUUCCCAAAGUGUACAUUGCAAGUCAGUGUCGCUGUCCACCAGACUACCCCAAAGUAAUGGAGUCAAAACCUGCUAAAUGUACAAGAAAUUUAGACAAUUCUGUUGGUGAGGAGAAAUUGCGUUUAGCUGACACAGCACAUCCCAUUGAACUAGSAACAGAUGGAAAUACUAMAACAUACUGGCAGUCUACACUGACCAACACAGCAACUAUAUAUCUUGAUUUAAGAUAUGGAGUAAUGCAGAUUUUUUAUGUAAUCCUCGAGUUUUAUGGUCCUCAACCAUCAGCGAUAAUAAUUGAGAGAUCACGUGACAAUGGUCGUACUUUUGAACCUUGGCAGUACUUUGCAGAAGAUUGUAUCAAAUCCUUUAACAUGGCCAACAAUGGUCCUUUACCACAACCAGAUUCAGUCAACUGCUUGCAAUAUGACUUGCCCCUGAAGCCUUCAUUGGCCACUAUUUCAUUCAAGACAGAGAAGGCUCCACCUCAAGGGUCUUCUAUUCCUCCACGACCAUUCGGGAAGUGGGGAGGGGUAGUAUGUAAUCUUAUCUCCUGUGACUCGAAAACUAAUCUAUCUCUUGAUAUCUAUUGGUAUAGAUGUCAGUGCUUCGGUCAUGCCAUCAUUGCUACUUACAUCAGUAGAAAUGAAACGCAUAAUGGCAAGUGUGUUUGUAUUUGUAACGCAACAACCUUUACUGAAGGAGAGAAGUGUGAUCGCUGCUUGCCGUUAUACAAUAAGAAACCAUUUCAGCGCGGUAACCUAGCCAACACCUACMCAUGUAUCAAGUGCGAAUGCAACCAACAUGCAACAAGCUGUCAUUAUAACAAGACACUAGACCCCUCCCCAAGUUCAAGAUCCCAAGGGGGUGGAGGUGUAUGCAAUGAUUGCCAACAUAAUACAACCGGUCGAUAUUGCCACACAUGUAAAGGAACGCUUUACAGAGAAAGUGGCAAGAACUUGAGUGCAGUCGAUGUUUGCAGCUAUUGUGCAUGUACAGGGCCUGGAGUGAUCCCAAACAAGUUUGAUUGCGUUAAGGAUGAUACAAAACCUGGUGUAACUGCAGGCCAGUGCGAAUGCAAACAGUACACUCAGGGACGACGGUGCAACCAAUGUAAACCAGGCUACUUCGAUCUAAAGUCUGGUCACGCGACAGGUUGCGUUACAUGUGGAUGUAAUACAGCAGGAACGAUCAGUGGUAACACAUCAUGUCACGCAAUAACGGGUCAGUGUCACUGCAAGAGUAAAGUCGUGGGUAUGAAAUGUGAUGCUUGUUCUCCUGGGUUUUAUGGCUUGAACACCUUAGAGGUUGCGGGAUGUAAAGCCUGUGGCUGUGAUCCAUUUGGCUCAUUGAACACAAGUGUYUGUAAUGCUAUAACUGGACAGUGUGGAUGUAAAGUGGGCUCAACUGGUCGUCGAUGUGAUAAAUGUGAUGAUGGCUACCACAGCCUUGGUGCUAAUGGUUGCAAAGCAUGUAAUUGUUCUAAAGAAGGGAGUACAUUAGCCAUGUGCAAUAUUAAUAAUGGCCAGACGUGCUACUGUAAACCCUACACAGAAGGCCGACGGUGCCAGCGUUGCAAAUCCGGGUACUUCAAUAUCUCAGCGUCUAACCCUGAUGGGUGUGUCAUAUGUACUUGUGAUCCCAAAGGCACUGUUGGWAAGUCACUUCAGUGCGAGGUGCAAUCUGGGAAUUGUACUUGUAAACGUUACGUCAUUGGUAMAAACUGCAAUCAGUGUCAGKUCGGRACGUACAACCUGAKCCAGAGCAAUCCUGAAGGAUGYCAGCGGUGUGAUUGCAAUGCUAAAGGGACACAAAACCCUUCGUCAUCAAAUGUUCUUGGAUGUAGCAGUAAUGGGCAGUGCGCAUGCUUGAGCAAUGUCGAUGGGAAAAAGUGCGACGCCUGUGCCUCAGCAUACUUCUGGAACCCAUCAGGAAAAGGGUGUGUUGCUUGUAACUGUCACCCGACUGGAGCUGCCAGUAGGAAUUGUAACAUGACUUCGGGGCAAUGUCAGUGUAAAACAAACAUUGGAGGACUGAGAUGUGAUAGAUGUUUAUCAGGAAAUUAUGGCUUUAGCUCUGGAAAUUGUCAGCCCUGCGGUUGUAAUCUUGCGGGAGUGAAAGAAAAUAUCUGUGAUGAUACGGGCAAAUGUACGAGCUGCAAAGUGAACGUGGAGGGAGACAAGUGCCAAAGCUGCAAAACAGGGACACAGAAUCUGCAAGGCAAMAACUCAUAUGGGUGUUCUGGAGUCUCCUCCUUGUCCU